AUGGCUGAUCUCGCCAGCCGCAUCACGAAGCCAGACGGCUCGGCCGUCGAGAACACUCCAGUCGUUGAGGCUUCCCCUAUGGAGGCCUCUUCCGACACCGCCGCCGACGCAGCUGUCUCUGGUGAAGCUCAGUUCGAUAGCGCCGACGCUGGAGGCCCUGGAUUGCACGAGCCCGACUACGACGUUGAGGUGUCGCUGAGCGCGCUGCAAGAGAACGAGGCUACCCCAUUCCAUUCCGCCACUACCUGGGAAGAUCUGAACCUCAAACCCGAACUCCUCAAGGGCCUCCAAGCUCUGAACUUCCUCAAGCCGUCCAAGGUGCAGGGCAAAUCGUUGCCUCUGAUGCUUAGCGAUCCUCCGCGCAACAUGCUCGCCCAGUCCCAGUCUGGCACAGGAAAGACGGCCGCUUUCGUCACCGCUAUAUUGUCGCGCGUGGACUUCAGCCAGCCCGACAAGCCCCAGGCACUUGUGCUCGCGCCCAGCCGUGAGCUCGCCCGUCAAAUCGAGGGUGUUAUCAAGGCCAUUGGUCGCUUCGUGGAGAACUUGGCUAUUGCCCCAGCAGUCCCCGGCGCCCUAGCACCAGGAGAGCCCGUCCGCAUGCCGGUCGUGGUCGGUACUCCCGGCCGUGUGCAGGAUAUCAUCCGCAGGCGGCAGCUCGAUGUGUCCAACUUGAGGGUGCUCGUUCUCGAUGAGGCUGACAAUAUGCUGGACCAGCAGGGUCUUGGCGACCAAUGCAUGCGCGUCCGCACCAUGCUCCCUCCAGAGAUCCAAGUGCUCCUGUUCUCGGCGACCUUCCCUGAGAAGGUGCUCAAUUACGCCAUGAAAUUCGCACCCAACGCCCAUUCCCUCAAGCUGCAACGCAGCGAAUUGACCGUCAAGGGAAUCUCUCAGAUGUUUAUCGACUGCCCCAACAAUGAGGAAAAGUACACUAUCCUGUGUCGAUUAUACGGUCUAAUGACGAUCGGUCAAUCCGUGAUCUUCGUCAAGACUCGCGAGAGCGCAAACAUCAUUGAACAGCGCAUGACCGCCGAUGGCCAUAAGGUCUCCGCACUUCAUGCCGCCUUCGAGGGUGCCCAGCGUGACGAGCUUCUCGCCAAGUUCCGCAGCGGCGAAAAUAAGGUCCUGAUUACUACGAACGUUCUGGCUCGCGGCAUUGAUGUGUCUAGUGUCUCCAUGGUCAUUAACUACGACAUCCCCAUGAAAGGUCGUAGCGACGAUGAGCCCGACCAUGAGACCUACCUCCACCGAAUUGGUCGCACGGGUCGCUUCGGGCGCGUCGGUGUCUCCAUUAGCUUCGUUUCCGACAAGAAGUCGUAUCAGGGUUUGAAUAAGAUCGCCACCCACUAUGGCAUUGACUUGGUCAAGCUGGACACGGAGGACUGGGACGACGCUGAGGAAAAGGUCAAGGACGUCAUCAAGAAGAACCGCGCGCAAGCGAGCUACGCUCCCAGCGCCACAGACAGCCAGAAGCAAGCACAGGCCGCCGCGAGCACCUCCUAG